AUGGCCGUUGAUGCUGUCCGUGGGGUGAUUAGUCGGACACGGCAGCAACGGCCUCUCAAGAAAUUCAAUUGUUUCCGCGGAACAGACAAGAAGGACCAGAUAGGCUAUGCGCGUGAUUGUGAGGGAUUUGAGGUAUUGUUCGUGUGGGAGGAGCUACGAGCAAAAGAGAAUAUGAGGUGGGAAAGUUGGAGAAAGAAAGUUAGGAAACGUCGGACUAAGAUGGUUUUUCCAGGACCGCGACAUGAUCACUGA